AGGUCACACACACCAACAUAAAGCAUUAUAACAUAUACUGCAGUUGGAGAGAGAACUAAAGAUGGCAUUCUUUAGCCUUUCUCAAGCUUUCAAUUCGAUCCUUGCGGCUUUUCUUCUGAUUUUGUCCCUGAGAGCACUAGUUUUGUUCUGGGUUUCUCCCCUUCAAGCUUAUCGUAAGCUCCAGAGGGGUGGAUUCAGAGGUCCAUCUCCCAGAUUCCCUCUAGGGAAUAUUGAGGAGAUGACGAAGAAAAAGGAAGAUGUUUCUUCCUUUGAUUCCACCCAUAAUACUAUAAUUUCCCAUGAUAUACACUCCACCGUGUUCCCUUACUUUGCUCGAUGGCAAAAAUCUCAUGGGAAAGUUUUCAUUUACUGGUUGGGGACAGAGCCGUUUUUGUAUAUUGCAGACCCAGAGUUUCUGAAGAAAAUGUCGACGGGAGUGCAGGGGAAGAGCUGGGGAAAGCCGACUGUUUUUAGGGAUGACAGACAGCCCAUGUUUGGAAAUGGAUUGGUCAUGGUUGAGGGUGAUGAAUGGGUUCGUCACCGCCAUGUUAUCACUCCCGCAUUCUCUCCGGCCAACCUCAAGGCUAUGGUGGAUUUAAUGAUGGAACCAGCCACAAAGAUGCUGGACGGGUGGAUGGCAAUGAUAAAUACCGGCAACCCUGAGAUUGAUGUGGAGAGAGAAAUUAUAGAAACUGCCGGUGAGAUCAUUGCAAAGACUAGCUUUGGCCUAGGCAACCAAAAAGGCCGAAAAGUGUUUAAAAAACUAAGAGAGAUGCAGAUCACACUCUUCAAUUCCAACCGAUACGUCGGUGUCCCAUUCAGCAAAUUCAUGUCCCCUAAACAAAACCUAAAGGCGAAGAAGCUUGGGGAGGAGAUUGACGACCUCCUCUUAUCGAUCAUAUCAGCUCGUAAAGAUUCAAUGGUCACUGAUUCUGCUCCCCAGAAGGAUUUGCUGGGGUUGCUGAUGGAGGAAAGUCGGUUGGAUGGCCGGAAGGGAAAGAGCUUGACAACUAGGGAGCUGGUGGAUGAGUGCAAGACUUUCUUUUUUGGAGGACAUGAAACGACAGCAUUGGCCCUCACAUGGACAUUGCUGCUUUUGGCAUUGCACCCGGAAUGGCAAGAACAGCUGAGGGAGGAGAUUCAUGAAGUGAUCCCAGAUAAAACUAUUGAUUUCACCAAGCUUCCCGGAUUGAAAAAGAUGGGAAGGGUGAUGAAUGAGGCCUUGCGAUUAUACUCACCGGCGCCAAAUGCACACAGGCAAGCAAGGGAAGAUAUCAAGGUGGAUGAUCUUGUGAUUCCUGACGGAACAAACAUGUGGAUCGACGUGGUGGCUAUCCACCAUGACCGGGAUCUGUGGGGCGAGGAUGUGAACGAAUUCCGGCCAGAGAGGUUCACGGAUGACAUAUAUGGUGGGUGCAAGCACAAGAUGGGGUUCUUGCCAUUUGGGUUUGGAGGAAGGAUGUGCGUCGGAAGGAACUUGUCUGCCAUGGAGUACAAGGUCGUCUUAACCCUAAUUCUCACAAGAUUUUCCUUCUCCCUCUCACCGACUUACCGUCAUUCACCUUCACAUUUGCUUUCGUUGAGGCCCCAGCAUGGGUUGCCUCUCGUAUUUCGCCCACUUUAGGCUAGCAAGUUCAUUUUAUAAUAAUUGCUGCUGCUGCUG